GGAGGGAUAGGCUCCAGCUCAAGGAGUUUUCCCAGAGGCUGAGAAGGAUCGCCCCCCUUCCUCGGAGUCUGCGGGUGGGAGCCCGCUUCCAGAGCCGCAGACCCUGCCCCCUGCCGGCAGGGGGAGCCACGGCUCACGGCCGGCGGCCGCGCAGGCAGGGCCUCGCUGGGAAGAGAGGAACAAACCAGAGAGACGGCGAACGGAAGUCGCGGUGACGGCUCCGCCUACAGGCUUAGAGGCAGAGCCGGUAACUGGUCGGUGGCCGCGGCCAGAUUCUGUAGGCCACGCUGGCUGCUCCUGUGGCGGAGGACUUGAGCGGAGGCGGGAUGCUGUCGGCGGGCGAGAUCGGCGAGGUGCCGGCAACCCCGUGCUGCUCUGAGAGUGAUGACGAAAGGAAGAAUAUCGAGGAAAAAAGUGACAUAAAUAUUGAAGCUCUUAUUGGAAAUGAACAAGUCAGAGAAGGUACCAAUAAUGGUGAUCUCCCUUCCUAUGUGUCUGCAUUUAUAGAAAAAGAAGUUGGAAAUGACCUUAAAUCUUUAAAAAAACUUGAUAAACUCAUAGAACAGAUGACAGAAAGUAAAAUGCAGUUAGAAGAACAGGUACUUACAGUUUCAUCGGAAAUCCCUAAAAGAAUUCAGAGUGCCUUAAAAAAUGCAGAAGAAUCGAAGCAAUUCCUUAAUCAGUUUAUGGAGCAAGAAACUCAUCUCUUCAGUUGCAUUAGCAGCCAUUUGCUGACCGCACAGCCUUGGAUGGAAGAUCUUGGGGCCAUGAUUAACCAAAUUGAAGAGAUUGAACGGCAUCUUGCUUACCUUAAAUGGAUUUCACAAAUUGAAGAACUAAGUGACAACAUUCAGCAAUAUCUGAUGACCAGUAAUGUUCCAGAGGCAGCCUCUACUCUGGUGUCAAUGGCAGAGCUUGACAUCAAGCUUCAGGAAUCAUCUUGUACUCAUCUUCUUGGUUUCAUGAGAGCCACUGUUAAAUUCUGGCAUAAGAUUCUCAAGGAUAAGCUUACAAGUGAUUUUGAGGACAUUUUAGCACAGCUUCACUGGCCAUUCAUCACACCCCCUCAGUCUCAAACUGUUAAUUUCAAUCGACCAGCCAGUGCCCCUGAGAUAUACAAUAACCUGGAGACUCUGUUUUGUCAGCUUCUGAAACUGCAAACCUCAGAUGAAUUACUUACUGAGCCAAAACAACUUCCAGAAAAAUACUCUCUUCCUGCAUCCCCUUCUGUCAUUCUGCCCAUCCAGAUUAUGCUGACUCCCCUUCAGAAGCGGUUCAGGUAUCACUUCAGAGGGAACCGACAGACGAAUGUUAUAAGCAAGCCUGAAUGGUAUUUGGCUCAGGUACUUAUGUGGAUUGGGAACCACACUCAGUUUCUGGAAGAGAAGAUUCAGCCAAUACUGGACAAAGUAGGCUCUUCAGUAAAUGCAAGGCUUGAGUUUUCUCGGGGCCUUAUGAUGCUGGUUCUUGAGAAGUUAGCUGCUGAUAUUCCUUGUCUGCUCUAUGAUGACAAUCUCUUCUGUCAUUUGGUGGAUGAGGUGCUCUUGUUUGAAAGGGAGCUGCAUAGUGUUCACGGCUAUCCUGGCACUUUUGCUAAUUGCAUGCAUAUUCUGUCAGAGGAAACCUGUUUUCAGAGAUGGUUGACUGUGGAGAGAAAAUUUGCUCUUCAAAAAAUGGACUCAAUGCUUUCAUCAGAAACUGCCUGGAUAUCCCAGUAUAAGGACAUCACUGAUGUGGAUGAAAUGAAAGUUCCAGACUGUGCAGAAACUUUUAUGACACUACUCUUGGUUAUAACUGACAGGUAUAAAAGUCUUCCCACAGCAUCCCGAAAGCUGCAGUUCCUGGAGUUACAGAAGGACUUGGUAGAUGAUUUUAGGAUACGGCUAACUCAGGUGAUGAAAGAAGAGACUAGAGCUUCCCUUGGCUUCCGAUACUGUGCAAUUCUUAAUGCCGUGAACUAUAUCUCAGCAGUACUAGCAGACUGGGCUGACAAUGUGCCCAGGUGGCUGUCCUUGCCGUCUCAGUCAGAGCAGGCGGUCAUGUCCCUGUCCAGUUCGGCAUGCCCCUUACUGCUUACGUUACGAGACCGUUUACUUCAGUUGGAGCAGCAGCUUUGCUUCUCCUUAUUUAAAGUCUUCUGGCAAAUGUUUGUAGAGAAGCUGGAUAUAUACAUCUACCAAGAAAUAAUUCUUGCUAAUCACUUCAACGAAGGAGGAGCAGCUCAGUUGCAGUUUGAUAUGACUCGGAAUCUUUUUCCUUUGUUUUCCCACUAUUGCAAGAGACCAGAAAAUUAUUUUAAACAUGUAAAAGAAGCCUGUAUUAUUUUGAAUUUGAACAUUGGUUCUGCCCUACUUCUGAAAGAUGUCCUGCAGUCAGCUUCAGGGCAACCUCCUGCCACAGCAGCUUUAAAUGAAGUCGGAAUUUAUAAACUAGCUCAGCAAGAUGUUGAGAUUCUGCUUAAUUUGAGGACAAACUGGCCUAACACUGGAAAAUAAUGUGUCUUUUUUUUUUGUUUUUGCCUUUGUUUUUUUUACAAAGAGGAAGCCAGUUAGAUUUCAAGUUAAAGAAUGAAGUUCUGAAUUAAUGAAACUGAACAGUCGAAAACUUUAUAGAAUCAUUUAUUAUCUUGGACUUACGGUGUUACUAAAAUGUUGACCAUAUUUCCUGAGUCCUCUUGUUCCUGAGAAUACAAAAGCAGAACACUCAGAAGCCAUGAAAACUCAGAGUAAUUCCAUUUACAAAUAUAAAUGCCAAAUAUGUCUGUUAAAUAAAAUGCAAGAGCAAAGAUAAUGAAUUAUAACCAACUUUCAAUUUCCUGUGCUAGUUAAGGGAGACUAUUGUGGAUAAUCAAACAGCAAAUACAUUUUUUAAAAAAUCACUU